AUGACCGAAUCUCCUGAGAAUUCUCAUGUCAAGCCAGCAGCCAUGCACCUCGAAGGGUCCGGCAUUCCAACCGACACUGGAAAAAUUCACAAUGGCGAUGCAGCGUUGGCCCUAUUCGACAACCUGGAGGACAUGCACGAAACAUUCGAGCCAGGGGAAGAGAAGAAACUAGUUCGCAAGAUCGAUCUUAUGAUACUACCAUUCCUAUCUGUUUGCUAUGCAUUCUACUAUAUUGACAAAACGACGCUGUCUUACGCUGCAAUCUUCGGAAUUGAAAAAGACCUAAACAUUUCCGGCACAGAGUAUUCAUGGCUAUCUAGUGUUUUCUAUUUUGGCUUCUUGGUCUGGUCCUUACCAACCAAUCUGCUGAUGCAACGCUUCCCCAUUGGCAAAUAUCUUGGGAUCAAUAUCUUUCUUUGGGGAUUCUUUUUAAUGUUGCAGGCGGCCGCGAAGAACUUCACACAGCUUGCGGUACUACGUGUCAUAUCGGGGGCAGCCGAGGCCUGCAGUGACCCGGCCUUUAUGCUGAUCACGAGUAUGUGGUAUACCCGCCGACAACAGCCUAUUCGCAUUGGAUUAUGGUACACUGCCAAUGGCUUUGGUAUUGCAGUAGGCGGUCUUCUUGGCUACGGAAUCGGCCAGAUCAAUGGUGCGCUCUCAUCCUGGAAAUAUGAAUUUCUCGUCAUCGGUGCCCUGUGUGCCUGCUGGGGUAUCGUCAUGAUCAUUUUCCUUCCCGAUUCACCCGUCACUGCACCGCAAUUAUCCGACCGCCAGAAGCGGUUGGCCGUUGAGCGACUUCGCGACAACCAGACUGGUAUUGAAAAUAAGAAUAUCAAGCCGAGACAGAUCUUGGAGGCCGUUACGGAUUGGAAGGUAUGGGUAUUUUUCCUUCUGGGGUUUUCCGGUAACAUUCCCAAUGGUGGAAUUUCGAAUUUUGGUACAUUGAUUAUCAAGGGAUUCGGAUUCUCAACUUUGGUUACCACAUUGAUGCAAAUUCCCUACGGCGCAUUCAUAUCCAUCAUGAUUCUCCUCGCAGUGUUCGUGAAUGACCGCCUUCCUCGAAACAAUCGAUGCAUUGUGGCUAUUGUCUUCUUGCUUCCCAACCUGGCUGGCUCAUUUGGUCUCCACUACGUGCCACAAUCAAACCAGGUCGGACGCUUAAUAUGCUACUACUUGACGGGCUCGUACAACGCCUCCUUCGUGAUUAUUCUGUCUAUUCUGACAGGUAAUAUCGCUGGUCACACCAAGAAGGUUAUCACAAAUGCGAUGAUCUUUUUGGGAGUUUGCGCAGGCAAUAUUGCCGGCCCUUUCUUUUACAAGUCGGAUCAAGCCCCCGUGUAUUCGCUCGGGAUCUGGUCCAUGAUUGUGGCCAACUUCGUCGAGAUUGCUCUCAUCAUCGUGCUCGGGCUUGCGCUCGCUUGGGAGAAUCGACGCCGCGACCGUGCGCAGGGUGUGGCUCCGGGCGAUGAUGCUGACUACCUGCGACAGCUCGAACUGGAUCGAUCUGCCUUCAGUGACCUUACAGACAAGGAGAACAUAAAUUUCCGGUAUCUAUAUUAA